AUGGGCCAGGCCCCUGCACGCCCACCUCCGGGUGUGCUCCGGAGACGCGCUGUAGCUCCCCGGGAAGCUGGGGCCGUCCUGCCCUCCAUGCGGCUUCCCCGCUGGUCCUUGGGGUCUCAGCUCGGCAGCCAGGUCGUGCUCCAGCUGCGGGUGCCCUGCUGUGCCCCGAGCCCUUGCUUCCAGCUCCCUGUCACCUCCUCUGGGAAAGUGACAUACUCUCUCUGCGCCCACAAGCAGAGAGCAGACAGGUGCCACGUGCACCCAGCCCCGGAGCCCGAGUCCCGGGUCCCCUCCUGGAGACCUGACUGCCGUAACUCGGAAGAUCGAUUCUGGUCCAAAUGCAGCAAGUCAGAUGUGAAGCUGCCGAAGGGCGGCCGCUCCUCUGAUUUCCCCGUCUCAGAUGAGUUUGACCAGUUCCUGGGCUCGUGUCGAUGGAACCAUUCAAAGUGCCUUUCUGUCUCGCUCUGUUCAUUCAACAUGGCACUUUGGAGGAUCCUUGUGCUGCUGGUGUACCCGCCGUUCAUUCCCGUGCAUGGCUGGGUGGCGUCCCCCCACAGCGAUCACCUGGACAUGACUCGGGGCAUCGAGACUGCCUGUGGGCCCCUGCCCGCCCUGUUGCCCACGCUGAGCUGUCGUGUCCGCAGUGCCUGUCCAGGAGCCGGGAGGAGGUCAUGGCUGCAGCCGAGGGCUUUGGGAACCAUCACUGCAGUGCCUGUCACGGGUCCUCAGGUCAGCUCCUUGCAGAGGUUGGCCGGGCAAGGAGUGGCAGUGCUACCUCAGGUUAGGCCAAAGACUCUGAUUCCAGACAGCCUCCCCGUCACCCCGGGCCGGGACCGGCCACCCAAGCAGCCCCCCACAUUCCAGAAGGCCACGGUGGUCAGUAUCAAGAACCCCAGCCCAGCCCUCCCCACCGCCAACAACACCGUGAGCCAUGUGCCAACGCCCGGCAGCCAGCCCCAGGCCCUCGCCGAGCCCGCCGCCAUCACCUCUCCUCUGAGCAGUGCCGGGGUGGCCUACGCCAUCAUCUCCACCGCCCCCAGCAAUGCCGCCAUCACCCCCAGCACUGCCGUGUCCGCGGUCAGCGACAGCAUCAAAGUCCAGCCCCUCCUCAUCAGCGCCGACAGCAAGGUCAUCAUCAUUCAGCCUCAAGUGCAGACGCAGCCCGAGAGCACGGCGGAGUCGCGGCCGCCCACGGAGGAGCCAUCUCAGGGAGCUCAGGCCACCAAAAAGAAGAAGGAAGACCGGCCCCCGAGCCAGGAGAACCCCGAGAAAAUCGCCUUCAUGGUGGCGCUGGGCCUGGUGACGACGGAACACUUGGAAGAAAUCCAGAGCAAGCGCCAGGAGCGGAAGAGAAGAAGUACAGCCAACCCCGCCUACAGCGGCCUCCUGGAGACGGAGAGGAAGCGGCUGGCGCCCGGCUGUCUCAGUACCCCCCUGUUCCUCACAGCCAGAGCCAAUGAGGAGCCCUGCCGGCAGAAUGAGAUCACCCACGAUGAGCACUGUGCCGCCUGCAGGCGGGGGGCUAAUCUGCAGCCCUGCGGCACCUGCCCGGGCGCCUACCACCUCAGCUGCCUGGACCCGCCCCUCAAGACCACACCCAAGGGCGUGUGGGUGUGCCCCAAGUGCCAGCAGAAGGCCUUAAAGAAAGAUGAAGGUGUGCCCUGGACUGGGAUGCUGGCCAUCGUGCACUCCUACGUCACCCACAAGACAGUCAAGGAAGAGGAGAAGCAGAGGCUGCUGCAGAGAGGCAGCGAGCUGCAGGGCGAGCACCAGCAGCUGGAGGAGCGGGACCGGCGCCUGGCCUCAGCGGUGGAGAAAUGCCUGGAGCUUAAGACAAGCCUGCUGGCCCGGCAGAGGGGCACCCAGUCGUCCUUGGACCGCCUGCGGGCCCUCCUGAGACUGAUCCAGGGUGAGCAGAUGCUCCAGGUCGCCAGGACGACCACCAGCCCUGCCCCGCUGCUGGCUGGGCCCUGGACCAAGCCCUCAGCAGCCGCCAUGCACUCUGCCCUCCAGCACCCCCAGGGGCACAACUGACCCCGAGGGACCCGUCUUCACACCCACGGGAAGUUACUGGGACCCUGCUCACAAGACCUGAGGGUUCUCUCAGCCUUAAUUCAUAAACACUAUGAAUUUCAGACAAAAAUAAAACCAGAUCGAGGGAGACCGAGGAAAGAAGGGAGAAGGA